UUAUGGCUUUGCGCCGUUAAGGCCGCGCGCCGUUUUGGGCUGUCCCUUUUAGAAACGACUUUAUGGCCGUAUUUUUUUUCCAACUUUUUGCCACGUUUUUUAAAUUUUUUGAAGAAUUCAAAUUUUUACAGCAAAUGGGAGCAAUAAAAUAAAAUUUCCUCACCAAAAAAUGGGCCUUCGAUUUCACGAAAAAUACUUACUUUUAAUCGGCAGCGUUUCCCUAGGCCUUUUUAUACUUUCGGCAACUCUUUUUUAUUUUUCUUCGUCAGAUUUGUCGUCAGCUCUUCAACAACAAAAAAUACGGGAGGUAGGGAAUAGAAGAGAAAAUGAAGAAAUUUUAAUUAGGAAAGAGGUUGUUUAUAGACACAAUUUGUCUGAUAAUUCUGCUCAACGAAAAAAUAAUGAUUAUAGAAGGAAUUAUGUUAAAGAGAUGAUGAAAUUCGCUUGGGAUGGAUAUGUUGCUCAUGCUUGGGGUCAAAACGAAUUAAACCCAAUUACCAAAUCAGGCCAUAGCGGAUCAAUUUUUGGAAGUGCCCAUUUAGGCGCAACUAUUGUGGACGCUGCUGACACGUUUUUUUAA